AUGGUAAUUGUACUUUUACCAAAUAAUUAUACACAAGAAGAAUGUAGGGAAUUGGAAAACGUUUUCCAUAGUAAUAGUUUAAACGAUGUCGAACAAUAUGAAAGUUUAAAAUUUUUCCAAUUCCUUCAAUAUUUUAAUAGGACUUGGUUAACAGAUGCUGUUAGACAAAAAUUUCCUGACGAAAAAGAUUGUAGAAAUGAUGUCAUGGCGAGCACAGACGCUAUCAAGGAUUGCAAAGUAUAUUCUGAACGUAUAAACUUGAAUGUUCUCGGACAAGACAAUGUAAUAAUACAAUUUAAAAUAAGAAAAAUAACCCAACUAAGAAAGCUAAUGUACGCGUACUGUGAAAAUACUGGUCUUGCUUACAACUCUGUGAGAUUUCGAUUUGAGGGACAACCGGUUAACGAGAUUGAUACGCCAGCUUCUCUAAAUCUAGAAGAAGGUGAUAUCAUCGAAGUGUUCCAACAGCAGACUGGUGGUUGUAAAAUGCUGUUAUAA